UGUAUUUAUCAGCGUUCCGCAGCCGAAUCAGGGUAUGGCGACGGAGGAGAAUUCCGGAGAGAUGGGGACGACCUACGAGCGGCUUGGAGGGAUCGCGAGCUGGGUCGGGGCCAGCGUCGUGUCCGCCUUCUUCGCCUCCCUUGAGCGCUGCUCUUGCAUCAACCUCAGCACCACCGAGGACGACUCCGACGAGCUCGAGGAGGCGAAGGAACGCCCCCUCGUGCUUACCAAGCCCGUUCUCCACGACGACGAGGAUCCCAAACCCUCCCUACUCUGAUCUGCCUCCACGAUCUGUGCCCAUCUUCAUGCCGUGAGUACCCCUAAAUCCUUCAAAUCGAUCGGUUCCUGUAAGAGUUAGUCUCCAUGCUUUUCUGCUAUCUUACAUUUUGGUUCCAUGUUCCGAUGUGUGGAUCUCUAUUUGCCCUAAAAUCUUGAUCUUUUGAACCUGACGAUCAUCGAAAUAUUACAUUUGCUAUGAAAGAAACCCUCUAUGCUUUAA